UCCACCGUGUCGACUUCGACUCACUCACUCACUGACACACAUUUCUUCUUUUCUCUCUCUCGUCUUUCUAAUUCUACAAAAAAAUUCGUUUGAGCGAAGCCGUGACAUCAAAAAAAGAAAAAUCAAGAUCUGCAGCGACGCGGCUCAAAACAACUCAACUCUCUCUCGGCUCAGAUCCACUUCACGCCGAUCUCCUUCCUCAGCUCAAUUUCAUCUCUCUCCAUUUUCCCUCCCUCUGAUCACCAAAAUUUCUGAAUAAUAAUACUAUUAACAGGCGAUGAUUACAUGGACUGGGGUGUUAAUAAUAAUAAUAACAAUAAUAAUCACUUCAGAAAUUACAAAGAAGACAAUGAUAACUCCACGAUGAAUUUGGUACUGGUUUCAAAUAUGGAUCCUGUAAAUAUUGGCCUUGCUUCUUCCGAAAACCCACUUCCUGUUAAUUCAUUCAAACCAAGAAAGAAAACCAUGACUUCAGUUUACCUGAAGUUCUUCGAAACUGCCGCUGAUCGUCAAACUAGGAAAUGCAAGUUUUGUGGACAGACCUAUUCCAUCGCAACCGCCACAGGCAAUUUGGGUAGGCAUCUCGCUAAUCGGCACCCGGGCUAUGAAAAGACAGGCGAAGCUGUCAGCAAUACAGCAACUCGGCCAACUGCCAUUGUCAAAAAGUCGCAGCCUCAAGGAAAAGUGAACCAAAUUGAUUAUGAUCAUCUAAAUUGGUUACUCGUUAGGUGGCUUGUUCUAGCUUCUCUCCCUCCUUCGACUCUAGAAGAGAAAUGGCUUGUGAAUUCGUACAAGUUUCUUAACCCAUCGAUACAGAUUUGGCCUAGUGAGAAAUAUGAAUCUGUACUUGAUGAGGUUUUCAGAAGCAUGAGGGAAGAUGUAAGAGCGUUGUUAGAAAAUGUUUCGUGUAAAUUCUCCGUCACGCUUGAUUUCUGGACUUCGUUUGAACAAAUUUUCUUUAUGAGUGUAACGUGUCAGUGGAUCGACGAAAACUGGUGCUUCCAAAAGAUGCUUCUUGACAUCUGUCGCGUACCUUAUCCAUGUGGUGGUGCGGAAAUAUAUCGCUGCAUUGUGAAGGUUCUUAAAUUUUAUAAUAUUGAAAGCAGAGUCCUUUCGUGCACUCAUGAUAAUAGCGCAAGUGCUAUUCAUGCUUGCAAUAGUUUGAAAGAGGACUUGGAUGGUCAGAAAAUAGGACCGUUCUGUUAUAUUCCAUGCGCUGCUCGGACUUUGAACCUGAUAAUAGAGGAUGGAUUGAGAUCUGCGAAACAAGUGAUUUCGAAGAUCAGGGAAUUCGUAAUAGAGUUGAAUGCCUCACCAGUAAUCUCCGAGGAUUUUAUUCAAAUAUCUACAGCCUAUCAAGAAGGUACAUGGAAAUUUCCUCUUGAUGUUUCGGCAAGGUGGAGUGGAAACUACCAAAUGCUUGAUCUUGUUCAUAAGGCUGGUAAAUCAGUGGAUGUUAUUAUUCGUAAACAUGAAGAGACACUAGGCAGUAGGAUACUCCUGAGCUCUUCUGACAAAAGCGUUGUUAACAUCAUGCAUCAAUAUCUCGAGCCAUUCUACAAAACCACAAACGAUAUCUGCACGAGCAAGGUGCUAACGGUUGGGCUUGUCCUUUUCUUUAUGGAUCACAUCUCAGAUACAAUUGCUACCUGCAGAGAAUCACGCCCGAGCCCAGAAUGGCUAAAAAGUGCUGCAGAAGAAAUGGCUAAAAAGGCUAGAAGUUAUAUUAGUCAAGUAUGCAACAUAUUUACAUAUAUGACAGCUAUUCUAGAUCCUCGAAUAAAGGGAGAGUUGAUCCCUGAUAGUUUAAAUUCACAAAGUUUUCUGGAUGAAGCAAGGACACAUUUUAUCAGAAACUAUUCUGUUAACCAUUUCUCCUCCAUGAGUUCUGGUUACAAUGCUCCAGAAAUCGAAGAUGGAGGAAUUGUUUCCUUUGCUGAGGAAAUAGCUCGCAAAAAACGUAGGACAAACUUGAGUUCUGCCACUGAUGAACUUACACAGUACUUAUCAGAAGCUCCAGCUCCUAUAGUAACAGAUGUUCUAGAGUGGUGGAAGAUAAACAGUACACGCUACCCUCGACUUUCUCUGAUGGCUAGAGAUUUCUUGGCAGUGCAGGCAACGUCAAUAGUGCCUGAAGAACUUUUCUGUGGCAAGGGUGAUGAAAUUGACAAGCAACGAUUCUGUAUGCAGCAUGAUAGCACACAAGCUAUUCUUUGUAUCAAGUCAUGGAUUCAGGUUGGCAUCAAGUUUAAGUUUAAGUCGACCGAGAUAGAUUAUGAGAGGUUGAUGGAACUAGCAGCUGCUUCUGCAACAGAAAAUAGUCCUUCAAGCUCUGAGAAGAAGCCAAAAUAGUGUUAGAAAAUGGCUGCACUGGAGGGUAACAGUACUUAAUUAACAUGCAACGUUACUGUCACUUUUAGGUAUAUCUUGACUUUGGCUCGUUUUCACUUAUCAUUAACUUAGAUUAGUUAAAUCGUUUUAUGUUUUAUUGUUUAAAAACACAUUGAUGUAUUACAUUUGAUAGUUUAAUGUAAUGUAUCAUGCUGUACAGUUCGGAAUUCUGGAAAUUACUAACCCAGAGAAAUAUCAAAUAUGCACCUUGAUGAUUGAA